UCUCAAACCAUGAAAUUUAAUGGUUUUGUUGACCUGGGGCAACACACUCCAGAUAAUUUAAAAAAUACAACAGCGGACCAUGCUUUGGUGUUCAAGUUUGUGCCUUUUCGAGACCCCUUACGGAACUGUGAAAAAAAGACAUUGGGAAGCGGUAUUAGAGGAAGAGAAUUAUCGUCAGCCUAACUUAAAAAUCGCUUACAAGUUAACACCAGCGCAUUUGAAACCGAAAGGUUUUCAAGUAAUGAAUGUUCCUCUUGCAACUGAAGUGUUUGGUCACGAAAUUUCGGUCGCCAUGGCUCACUAUCAACCCUAUUGCGAGGAAUUGAAGGAUUCAACUGCAACACAAAAAUUUAUUGAUCUUGUAUUCAAUUUGAUACAAGCUAUGUCUUCGCGUAUACCAAGAGAUGCUCUGUACGUGAAUGAAAAUUGCAGACGAAGAAAGGCAAUCCAGGAAUUUUUAGAAUUCCUUGCAGACUGGGAAAAGCUCGAAAAAAAAAUACCUGUGUCAAGGAGCACGUUAACUGGAUUAAAAGUAACUUUACGGGCAACACUUGAAAUUUUGGAUAUGCUGAAUGUUGCAUGUGAUUACAAGUAUUUGAUGACAGCAACCCUAUCUCAAGAUCCGUUGGAGGUAAUUAAUAAUUACUAAUUAUGUAAUCCAAUGAAUAUGAAUCUGCUUGUAUGGAAUCUGCAUCAUGUAUGCUGCCUUACUUUUGGAGAAAGUCCAGAAAGCCUUUUUAAAAAUAAAAAAUAAAUUAUAAUUCAUUAAUUCAAGCUAAUUGUACUCAUAUUUUUACAUUAUUUACAUUUUGAUUACACAACAUUAAUAACAUUACAUUUAAAUAUAAUUUACUAAAAUUAACAAUAAAAUUUAAAAAUUUACAAAUCACAUUAAAGAAUAAUGAUAUACAAUAUAUACACAAAAACACAACAAUACAUACAAAACUAACCUACACCUGUCCUUACAUGCCUGUUGCAACAGUGCACAAUAUAAGGACAGUCAAGCCGAUCUGCGAUCA